AUGGGCCCACAGCGGGUGACGGUGACAGUGGUGGGGCUGCUCCAGGACCCGGCUUUCCACGUGGCCAAGUGCGCAGCAGAGGCUCUGAAGCUGAAGUUUCCAAGCAAGUUUGCAGAUCCUGUAAUAGAGCCUUUAGUAGAAUUUGCAUGGCAUGAAUAUUUACAGAAGAAAAAGAAGGAACUGAGAGGUGAGGUAUGGGCGUACACCUCCUCAGUGAUGUGCUUCAUUGAUGGCCAGCUGCUGGGGGACAAGAGGGAUCUGCUCAAGUGGUCUUACAGUGAGUGGGGCUAUCACGACACCAAGCCUGAGGCACUUCACCGGGCGAUUGCUGAGGAUUUCUACAGCAAAUACCUGAAAAACAGACAGCACGUGUUUGUGUACAUGGAGAUAGCCAUCGAGGAACGGCCUAUCGGGAGGCUGCUGUUUGAGCUCUUUUCAGACGCGUGUCCCAGGACCUGUGAGAAUUUCCGCGCCCUGUGCACCGGAGGAGUGAAGUCUCUCCACGACGGCCGGGAGCUCACCUACAAAAAUUCCCUUUUUCAUCGCCUUGUGAAAAAUGGGUGGAUCCAAGGAGGAGACAUCAUAACUGGAAAGGGAGAUGGAGGAGAGUCAAUUUAUGGUCCUACCUUUGAAGAUGAAAGCUUCUCCAUCCCUCACAAGGGAAGAGGAGUCCUCGGGAUGGCCAACAAGGGUCGCCACAGCAACGGCUCGCAGUUCUACAUCACCUUCCAGCCAGCUCCCUACCUGGACAAAAAAUACGUGGCUUUCGGGCAACUGAUCGAGGGCACGGAGGUCCUCCAGAAACUGGAAAUUGUACCUACAAAUAAUGAAAGGCCUACGGUAGCUUGCAAGAUUAUUAAUUGUGGGACCUUUGUGGAGGAAUCGCCAGCCG